CGGUCCCGGAGCGAGGACGUGGCCGCGGAAGUGGGUGGCGGGGAGCGGGGAGCGGCGUGGCUCGGCCUGGCCCGGCAGCUCCGCGUUGUCCCGCUCCGCAUCGCUCCGCGCCGCCCCCCGGCCCCGCGCCUCCCGCAGCGCCGCCCGCGGCGGGGCCAUGGCUCGGGGAGGCGGCGGUGGUGGUGGUGGCAAAGCGGGGAGCCUGAAGGAUAAGCUCGACGGCAACGAGCUGGACCUGAGCCUGUGCGAUCUGAGCGAGGUGCCCGUCAGGGAGCUGGCUGCACUUCCCAAGGCAACUGUAUUGGAUUUGUCCUGUAACAACCUCAUCUCCUUGCCGUCAGACUUCUGUAGUUUGAUGCACCUGGUGAAACUGGACCUGAGUAAAAAUCGCCUUCAACAGCUGCCUUUGGACUUUGGCCGCCUGGUCAAUCUGCAGCAUCUGGACCUCCUGAACAACCGUUUAGUCACCCUGCCAGUCAGCUUCGCACAGCUCAAGAACCUGAAGUGGCUGGAUCUGAAGGACAAUCCCCUGGAUCCUGUUCUAGCUAAAGUAGCCGGCGACUGCCUGGACGAGAAGCAGUGUAAACAGGCUGCUGUCAGGGUACUGCAGCAUAUGAAAGUGAUCCAGUCUGAGCAGGACCAAGAAAGACAACGGAAGCUCCAAGCAGAGCGAGAAAUGGAGAAGAAACGUGAAGCUGAACAGCGAGCCAGGGAAGCUCAAGAAAGGGAACUGAGGAAGCGGGAGAAGGCAGAAGAAAAGGAACGCAGAAGACGGGAGUACGAUGCCCAAAGAGCUGCAAAACAGGAGAUGGAGAAGAAAACUAAAAAAGAAACCGUGCAAACCCGAAAUGUACUGAACUACAUGGUUAAAAACAGAUUUCGUGCAACACAGAGAUGCUUUACUCCCUUUACCUUCAUGGGCAGAAGUGAAAAUCUCAAACUUCUCAUAGCCCGCCUCCAGUUCUCGUCCUCCUCAGCUGCCCCGGCACAAGCACUCCUGGUCACGGUCAGUGCUGAGGGUCCUGCUGCUGGUGCUGCUGUGCAUCCUCUGUACCUUGGCUGUCUGCAAGCUGACAGAGCUACGACAUCAACCGCUGUGCAUCAGCGUGAACACUCUCUAUGAGGAUGUGGUAGCUGCUGUGCAAAACCAUAAAGCCCUGCAAAAUCUGCUACACCAGAACUCGCAGCAGUGAUUGUCCGGGACGGGCACUCGCUUCCUCAGCAUCUCCUUCCACCAUCCAUGCAGCCAGAAUUCCUAUGGAAUUGUGUUCUGAUGAAACUGCUUCUAAUCAGUCAGCAUCGAUUUGCUGGUCCACUCCACGUAGAGCAGAGUUAUUGUUUGGAUCAUCUUUGCUGUGCAUGUUUCUCAGUUGGCCUGUAAGCUCUUAUUUGCCCAGAUUAACUUGCUUAAAUUUGUUAAUACUUCUUGCCUCCAAGGAAUUUUUACCUAGAUUGUGAGAUCCAGAAAGUUGCUAAUUUAUAGGAGCAGGGGAAAGAAAUACAAAAGCCUUACAGUUAUCUAGGUAGCUAUAGCUCUAUAAUGGAGGUGUAAGUUUUGUAAUACAUAUCCAUUUCUUGCUCUCACUUCUAUUAAUGCUAAAAAUCAGUGAUAUGGCUGUAUGGGGUUGAUAUAUGUAGGCCUCCUCCGGGACCAGUUGCAAGUUUGUGGCAUGGCUGUGCAUCCUUCUGUUGGAGUGAAGAAGCUGAUGUACUCUUGAAAACAAGCUGAGAAUUUUCAAUACAACACUUUUCGCAUCAA